AUGCCGACGGACCCUCCUCCAUACCAGAGCCACUCUUUCGAACGGCCGCAUCAAGCACUUGGUUCAUACAACGCUGCACCGUUACCAACGACCAACUUCUCUCAAUUAGAUGAUGAGCUGUCACAUCAUGCGACAGAUUGGAUGCCUCAAGCACCGUUAUCAAUCCAACCACGACAAUCUCUUCAAAAACCCGUCGUGAUACCAAGACUCGAUGCGAGCGGUCUACUUGGAACACCAUUCCCAUUCAUACGAGCUUACAGCCCCGAUCUGCGCCGCUUCAACAUCCACGAGAAAGACUUUGUAGCUUUCAUCGAUGAUCUCAGUGUCGCUCAAGCUCCACCAGUCCCGCUUCAGGCGCUUGAUGCAGCGGGUCAUGUGGUUGGCAUCGUACCACAUCAUUGGACCAUGAUCGCCGGCGCCAGCAUGAACAUGGCCGCCGGAGUUGGAACGGCUGCUACGACCACUAUGCGAACGCGACGCUUCUUGGAGGCUGUGAACCGAGAAUACUUCGCGCCUCGUGGUCUGAAAGCUUCGAUUUGCAAGAAUAGACAGUUGGAAGAGAAGCUUGGCUUCAAUGUGCACAUGCCAUCGUCGGCAGCCCUAGCAAGUAGCUCUCAGCCUCAAACAGCUGGAUAUCGCCGUUUGCAAGCACUCAUGCCGUAUAUCGCACCACUGUCCUUCAACGUCCCGCCGCCAAUGGAGCAGCGAAAUGCUCUCGAUAGAAUGGCUGCUAAGCAGAUUGAAAGACGUAUCAAGAAGAAAGAACGCAAAGGCUACAGCUCAGACUCAAGCUCUAGUUCUUUGUCCAGCAUCAGCUCCAUUGAAGAGUCCGCCUUGACAUCUCAUGAUGAGGUCAAGGGUAAACAAAAGAGAAGAGCAGACAAAGCGGAGCGCAAACGAGCAAAGAAGGAAGAGAAGAGAGCGCGAAAGGAACAAAGGAGAUCUAAGAAGCAGGACCGGAAAGAGGAAAAGGCUCAUGGAAAGCAGUGUAAAAAGUUGGAGAAAGAGCACAAGAUGGUCGAGAAGAUGGAGUACAUCGUCAUUGACUCGCUGGAUCAGGGGAUGUAG